GGGGGGGCGUGACCUGGCUGGUGCUUUUUGCUGCUGCUGCUUCGUUUCCCCCGCCGGACAGGGCUGUGGGGACGGGGCUGGGCGGGGGAAUUACUGAGAGCCCAGCGAUCCCUGGGGGGCAGGAACAGCGGGGGGGGGCAUUGACACCCCGACACUGGCUCCCCCUCCGAACUGCCCCCGCCAGGCCCAACCCCGCCAGCUCCGAGCCCGCUGAGAUGGUUCCGAUCCCAGUUCUCUCCAGCGGUGCACCUGUACCGUGAUGGGCAGGAUCAGUAUGGAGAGCAGAUGCAGGAAUAUCGAGGAAGAACUGAGCUCUUGAAAGAUGACAUCACCAAUGGGAGAGUUUCCUUGAGAAUACGCAAUAUCCGACCCUCCGACGAUGGCCAGUACAAGUGUUUUUUUCAGUCCGGUGUCUUUUAUGAAGAUGCUAUAUUGGAACUGCAGGUGGCAGGUUUGGGCUCUGUUCCUGCCAUCUCAGUGGAGGGACAUCAGGAUGGAGGGAUCCGGGUGGUGUGUCAAUCAGCUGGAUGGUACCCACAGCCCGAGGCUCAGUGGAGAGAUCUCCAGGGACAGCUCUUACCAUCGGCUUCUGAAAAAAUAUCCCAAGAGGCCGAUGACUUGUUUCAAACAGAGAUUGCCAUUGUUAUAACAGAAGAGUCCAACCAGAAAGUGUCCUGCCAUGUCAGGAACACCCGACUCAACCAGGAGAGAGAGUCAGCGAUUUCCAUAGCAGAGCUGUUUUUCCCAAGGGUAAAUCCCUGGAUGGUGGCUCUGGGUGUGAUCCUGGCUGUUCUCAUUGGCUUGGCCAGUUACUGCUUCUGGAGGCAACACAGAGCGAAAGAGAUGCUGCGAUCUGAAGAUGCUGCGAUCUGAUCUGGAGAGACAGAAAGAAGAACAUCGUGAAGAAAAAGGGAAACUCUUCACUGAAUUUGGGCUUGGGCUGAGAAGAGCCCAGCUAUAUGCAGGUACUGUACCAAAAACUGACACUUCAUUCACGUCAGCAUCCCACCUGCCCCUGAGAGCUCUCUCCUCAUUUCCCCAGUGCACCAGCACUUUCUUACCAAAAGCAAUAGGCUGGAAACAGCAAUGUCACUGGGGGCAGAUGGAAAGGGGCAGACAAAACCCAGGUUUAUUGCACAGCAGGGACAUGCCCCCUUUGGGAAAGGGCUGAUUAGUGAGGAAAUGCUGCCCCCUGGUGUCACCUUUCCAGGACGGUACCUGGGCUCUGCAGGAGGGACAUUCUCAGCUGUCCAUAAUUAAACAGACCUGCUCAGCUCUCUCCUCCCAGCAGCAGCAUCGCUACGCUCACACCAAGCUUUAGCCACAAUUUCCUUCUAGCGUAACAGGACCAGACAGGAGCUGUUCAGUGUCUCCCUGGAUCUGGGGGGAGGAAGGCCCUGUCCCCACUGCCAGGGCAGACAGGUUUUUAUAACCAGCUUGUGACACUCCCCUGACCCAGUUACAACAAACAGUGCCCAGACCACGAGGCAGCUUUUCUGUGGCUGAGCUGUGUGUGUGUUUGCUCCCAGCCUGCAGCCUGUCCGUGUGUGUGCCCUGGUGCCUGCUGGGAGAGUCUGGGCAGCUCCAGCAGGGAUCAGAGAGCCCAGGGGCCAUGCACACACAUUGUAGCACCACUGGCCCAGGGGUCCAUGCACUCCGGGGUAUCCUACCACACAGAGCUGGAGGAGGGGACACCCAGGGCAGUUACACAAACACCAGUUACAGGGUUGCCACCUCUGAGGUGCAAAAAAACCAGGACAUCUGCCUGCUCUACAUACACCGCCUGUCCCCUCACCCCAGGCACUGUGUCCCCAUCCCACCCCUGGAUGUUCUCUGGCUGUCCUGGAUGUCCCUCUUGUUCCUGGGGCUGGGCCAGGCACCAACCUCGCCAAGCAGGACAUGGUGCAGAUCUACUCCCCUCCCACCCCAGUAGUGACCCCCACAUCCGGUACUUGAACCGUGUAAAUGGGCCCUACUGGUCCCGCACUCCCCAUCUCACUUGGGGCUAGUAAUGUCCUGGGCAGACUCACAGAUUUCCCAGGUCAGCGACCUGAACAAAGGGACAAUCCUGGGAAACCUGUCCCGGUUCCAACCCUAGGUCCUGUCCAGACAGCACAGUAACACCCAGCUGAGCUGGAUACAGGCAGCCAGACAUGUGCCAGCCUAGGCCCCUGGCAGGGAUGCUGAGCUGCCAGCUGCCAGGGUCACGAACAUGUUAACUCUGCCGUGUGCCAUACACCACGCUUAGAUCCCCCAGGGCCCUGGGCCCAGCCCCAGAACAGCUGUAACCUAGACUCCUAGCAAUGCAGGACUGGAAGGGACCUCGAGAGGUCAUCUA